GGGAUGCGCAAAUAACAACAACACAAGAGAGCUGCCAAAGAGAAGCAGAAAGAGACUCAACUACAACACAAGAGAGCUGCCGAAGAGAAGCAGAAAGAGACUCAACUACAACACAAGAGAGCUGCCGAAGAGAAGCAGAAAGAGACUCAACUACAACACAAGAGAGCUGCCGAAGAGAAGCAGAAAGAGACUCAACUACAACACAAGAGAGCUGCCGAAGAGAAGCAGAAAGAGACUCAACUACAACACAAGAGAGCUGCCGAAGAGAAGCAGAAAGAGACUCAACUACAACACAAGAGAGCUGCCGAAGAGAAGCAGAAAGAGACUCAACUACAACACAAGAGAGCUGCCGAAGAGAAGCGCAAAGUGACUCAACUAGUGCUCAGCAGAGAGGAAGCGGACGGUAGAGACAAGAAGAAGUGAUGGAGCACUCCGAACAGACUCAGUAUAGCUCCAACGAGAAGAAAGACGGCGGCUCCGUGCUGAACGGACACUUUGACGGGAUGGUGAAGCGGCCAGCCGGCGGCACCGGACGCCCCGCCGCCGCUGCCCAACCUCCGGGCGCAGAGUCCGCCUCUCACCGGCCCGUGAUGGAAAGCUGGCGGGAGGAGCGGACCAGGAGCGUGGAGGACAACGAGAUGAGCCUUCCGUCCCUGGCCGCGGCUUACUCCACCAUCCUGCGGGGGCUCGGGGAGGACCCGCAGCGGCAGGGGCUCCUCAAAACCCCCUGGAGGGCAGCCACCGCCAUGCAGUUCUUCACCAAGGGCUACCAGGAGAAAAUCAUCGACGUGCUAAACGACGCCAUCUUCGACGAGGACCAUGACGAGAUGGUGAUCGUCAAAGACAUCGACAUGUUCUCCAUGUGUGAACAUCACCUGGUGCCCAUCUUCGGCAGGGUUCACAUUGGUUACCUCCCCAACAAGAGAGUCCUGGGCCUCAGCAAGCUGGCCAGGAUUGUUGAAAUCUACAGCCGUCGACUACAAGUUCAGGAGAGGUUGACCAAACAAAUUGCCGUGGCGAUCACCGAGGCGCUGCAGCCCACCGGGGUCGGGGUGGUCAUCGAGGCACCUCACAUGUGUAUGGUGAUGCGAGGCGUUCAGAAGAUGAACAGUAAAACCGUCACCAGCACCAUGUUGGGAGUUUUCAGGGAAGAUCCAAAAACCAGAGACGAGUUUCUGGCGCUGAUCAGGAACUGAGGACGACGAAGCCCUACCUCCUCCUCCUCCUGUUGCCUGGGGUUACCAUCACCUGCACGGACCAGCCGCCGUGCUACCUGUGUGUGUAUGUGUGUGUGUAUGUGUGUGUGUGUGUGUGUGUGUGUGUUUCCAUCUCACCAAAGGCAGUGACAGAGUGUUUACUGUGUUCUCAGUCCGACUCUUUGUUUUCGUCAGAUAAGGUGAAGCGUCACAAUUUCUGUUAGAGGCCGCAGACUGACAUGUUGUUUACUUUUCAGACAACGGGACAGACUUUAACCCCUUUCUGUCCAUAUGAGUUGCGUGUGCUCAUUAAUCAACUAUCAGUCGCUGGCCUCGAAAUACAGAAGGAGAGUCUAACAGAAAUAAUCCACAAAUCACAGAUUUAUGAGAAAAAACUUGGAUAUAUAAAAAACUCAGAAAUUCUCUGAGAUUAAAUUAGUAAAUUUACAAGGAAGAAUCUCACAAAUUUAUGAGGAAAAAAAACUUGAACAUUCCCUAAGAUUAUAAAGUUGUAAAUUUACGAUAAAAAACUCACAAAUUUACGAGGAAAAGAAACAUGGAUUUUUUCAGAGAUUGAAGUCGUAAAUAUAAAGCCUUAUAUUAUAUAAUUACAUUAUAUAAUAUAUAUUAUAUAUUAUAGGUAUAUUUAUCACUUAAAUCUCAGAGAAUAUCCAUGUUUUUUUUCUCGGAAAUGUACCACUUUAAUCUCGGAAUAUUACCCCUCUUACCAUUCUACCCUGGCUGCGUCAUUUUUAUUUAUU